AUGGUCAUGACCACCAUAACCGCCGCCGCCACCAUGACCGCCGUAAUCUCCAAUGUGACCACCACCGUGACCCCAAUCAUGGCCGCCAUCGUCUCCACCAUGGCCCCAACCGUAACCUCCAUCAUCAUGGCCACCAUAAUCUCCACCGUGACCACCGUAAUCACCUCCAUGACCACCGUAAUCACCUCCAUGGCCACCGUAAUCACCACCAUGACCUCCACCACCACCUCCUCCAUGUCCUCCACUACCUCCGCCAUGACCUCCACUGCCACCACCUCCGUGGCCUCCUCCUCCGUAUCCGCCAUGUCCUCCACCGCCUCCUCCUCCAUGUCCUCCACUACUUCCGCCAUGACCUCCACCGCCACCACCUCCAUGGCCACCUCCUCCAUGUCCACCACCACCACCUCCGUGCCCGCCGCCUCCGUAACCACCAUGGCCUCCUCCACCACUUCCUCCAUGUCCUCCACUACUUCCGCCAUGACCUCCUCCGCCACCACCUCCGUGUCCUCCUCCUCCAUGUCCUCCGCCACCUCCACCGUGUCCACCACCACCUCCGUGACCUCCACCGCCUCCUCCUCCAUGCCCACCGCCUCCGUAUCCACCAUGUCCUCCACCACCACCACCUCCGUGACCUCCACCGCUUCCUCCUCCGUGUCCGCCGCCUCCAUAUCCACCAUGACCUCCUCCGCCACUACCACCGUGACCUCCACCGCCUCCUCCUCCGUGUCCACCGCUUCCUCCUCCGUGUCCACCGCCUCCUCCUCCAUGUCCACCACCUCCUCCGCCGUGCCCACCGCCUCCGUAUCCACCAUGACCUCCUCCGCCACUACCACCGUGACCACCACCGCCUCCUCCUCCAUGUCCACCGCCUCCGUAUCCACCGUGUCCUCCGCCGCCACCACCUCCGUGACCUCCACCACCUCCUCCGCCACUACCACCGUGACCACCACCGCCUCCUCCUCCAUGUCCACCGCCUCCGUAUCCACCGUGUCCUCCGCCGCCACCACCUCCGUGACCUCCACCACCUCCUCCUCCAUGUCCACCGCCUCCUUCAUCGCUAUGACUAUUUCCCCAUUUUUUAUGCCCGGAAUCACCACCUUUCUUUCCAUAUUUCUCACCAUGGGAAUAACUUUCUUCAUGUCCACCACCAUUUUUAUGUCCUUUAUCGUCAUGAUAAUGUCCCCCUUUUUCAUGAUGUCCCUUUUUGCCAUAAUGAUCUUCGUGAUGUCCUCCUUUAGAAUGUCCUCCUUUCUGUUCACCUCCCUUCUUGUAACCAUCUUCAUGAUGGAAACCACCUCCUUUCUCGUGAUGUCCUUCGUCGUGAUCUUCGUCGUAGAAAUGAGUUUCUUUUUUAUAAGCUUCCGAUUUCUUUAUUUGAUGUCCUCCAUUGGUGCUGUGUCCUUUUUUGUAUUCACCUUUUUCGCCGAAAUCGCUACCUUUUUCACCCUUUUCACCUUUUUCGUGAUGGGCAUGAUAACCAUCGUCGUGGUGGCUCCCUUUUUUGCUACCACCUUCUUCGCCGUAAUGUCCUUUAUGUCCUUCUUUGUCAUGGUGACCUUUUUCACCUUUUUCAUAAUCAUGGUAACCUUUAUAACCUUUUUCUCCUUUAUCACCUUUUUCACCGAAAUGACCAGAAUGAUUUUCGCUACCUCCUCCGUGUUUGAAUGAUGAGGAACCUCCUCCACCACCACCACCACCUCCUCCAUGACCUCCACCACCUCCUCCUUCAAUGUUUUAUUAAUAAGAAUUCUUCAAGGACAAAAUACCGUUAUUGAAAAAGUAUUUUUAAACCUAUCUUUAUCUGACCACUUAUUGGUUAUCGACGCGUUAUAA